GUGAGCUCGCGGCUAUGGCGGACGAGGGCGCGCGGCAUUCUCGCACUAGCUAGGGUAGGCGCUGGCGAAAUUUCGGCUGGCAUUUGGCGACAGUAGCUUCUGAUCGAUCGGCGCCUUGCUCGUGCGCCAAUUCGGUGCCAGAAGCCAUGGCGCAGAGCAACUGGGAGGCGGAUAAGAUGCUGGACGUGUACAUCCAUGAUUAUCUCACGAAGAGGAACUUGCAGAACUCGGCAAAGGCUUUUUUCACGGAAGGAAAAGUGUCGUCCGAUCCCGUCGCUAUCGAUGCACCCGGGGGAUUUUUGUUCGAGUGGUGGUCCGUGUUUUGGGAUAUCUUCAUUGCUCGCACGAAUGAGAAGCACUCGGAGGUGGCAGCGGCUUACAUCGAGACCCAGAAACUGAAAGCUCGCGAGCAACAACAGCCUCAAACUCUCCAUCAAAUGCAGCUUCUCAGGCAGCAGCAGCAGCAGCAGCAACAACAGCAGCAGCAAGCUCAACAGCACCAACAGCAGCAUCAUCAGCAGCAGCAAGCUCAACAGCAGCAAAGGCCAUUGAUGAGCAGUCCUUCGGAAGCUCUUCUUCGUCAAGCCACGCCGACGGCUAAUGUUAUGGCUGCAAAGCUCUACGAGGAGAAGCUCAAGCAAGAUGAGCCAUCUUUGAAGAGGUAUGGAGAUACGUCACUGGAUCCAAACCCAGAUAUCAAGCCUUCAGUUGCUCCUCCAGGGUCAGCUGGCAUUCAGGCUCGUCAGCAACAAGCACUUCAGGAUAAUAAAAGUGAUGUUCAUUUAUUAAAUCAAAGAUCACCAGCAACUGAUCCCGCAUUAUUCAAUAUGAAAGGCGGUAUAUUAGCACCAGGCGCGAACACAAAUCAAUCCUCAAAUUUACUUGUACAGAAGAGCUGGCCGUCUUUGGCUCAGGGCAUGGAUCAACGCUUGAUCCAGCAGCAGAAACCAUUUCUACAGUCGUCCUCACACGCUUACCAGCAAUUACAUGCAUUGACUCCUCAUCAACAGCAGCUACUUUUUCAGGCUCAGCCUCAAGGCAGCAUUCCCUCAUCAGCACUAGCUGAUGUAGAUCCUCGGCGGUUCAAAAUGCUACUCAACAACAGGAAUGGAAAAGAAGGACAAGCGAAUGUUUUCAACGAUCCAGCAGCCGCGGUUAUUGGUUCUCCCUUGCAAGCUGCAUCACCUCUGUCGCGUGCAACAUCUCAAGACCAGGAGCUUCUAAUGAAGAUGAAGGUAAUGCAGCAGCAGAACAGUAAGUUAAAUAUGCAGCAAAAUAAUCCUCAACAAGCUACUCCACAGCAGCCGCAGCAAACUGGAGCUGAUGCAGCCAUACAAAUCUAUGGUUCAAUUGAACCGAGCCGCAGUAACAACAGCACCGGUACAGCGAAGACUGGAACUCGGAGCCAAAGUGGAAGAAAGAGAAAGCAACCGGCAUCGUCCUCUGGCCCGGCUAAUAGCACUGGAACUGGAAACACCGCAGGUCGAUCUCCAAACUCGCCUUCUACACCAUCAACUCAUACACCUGGGGACGUUAUGUCUAUGGGUGGCCCGAUGCAUCAAAGUAGCAGCAUUUCUAAAUCCUUGAUGAUGUAUGGAUCAGAAGGUCACGGUACAUUGACGUCACCCUCUAAUCAACUGGCUGAUAUUGACAGGCUCGAGGAUGGAUUGGAUGACAACGUUGAGUCCUUUUUAUCUCACGAGGAAACCGAUCCGCGAGAUGGUCUCUUUAGCAGUACGAAGCCGAGUCCUAAUGUCGACGCGUCCAAAGCAGAAUUUACGUUCAACUCGGUGGGCUGUCUUCGUGCCAGUACAAAUAAAGUUGUGUGCUGCCAUUUCUCUUCGAGUGGAAAGCUAUUGGCCAGUGCUGGCCAUGAAAAGAAGGCCGUGCUCUGGAACAUGGACACGCUAAAACUCCGGAGUACAUUGGAAGAACACUCGUAUUUGAUAACCGAUGUUCGGUUUAGUCCAAAUUCGACGCGGUUAGCGACAUCAUCCUUCGACAAGACUGUACGAGUAUGGGAUGCAGACAAUCCAAGCUAUUCCUUGCGCACUUUUACUGGCCAUCAAACAUCGGUCAUGUCCUUAGAUUUCCAUCCAGCGAACGAAGACCUCUUGUGUUCGUGCGACGGUGAUAGCGAGAUCAGGUACUGGAGUGUAAGCCAGGGCAUCUGCACCAAAGUCUUCAAGGGUGGCGUGACUCAAAUGCGGUUUCAACCGCGUCAUGGCAGGCUUCUUGCUGCCGCCGCCGAGAACGUAGUUUCUAUCUUCGAUGUCGAUGCCGAGACGUGCAGGCAUUCUCUUCAGAGGCACACGAAGCCAGUGCAUUCCGUAUGCUGGGAUCAAAACGGUGACUACUUGGCUUCCGUCAGCGAGGACUCAGUCCGAGUCUGGACUCUCCGCUCCGGUGGCGAUGGAGAAUGCGUUCACGAGCUGUGCUCGAACGGGAACAAGUUCCAUUCCUGUGUCUUCCACCCGAGCUAUCCGUCGCUACUCAUCAUCGGCUGCUACGAGUCUCUGGAGCUGUGGAACAUGGUCGAGAACAAAAGCAUGACAAUCCCUGCGCACCAGGGCCUGAUUGCGGCCUUGGCACAGUCGCCAGCGACGGGCAUGGUUGCGUCGGCCAGCCACGAUAAAUGCGUGAAGCUGUGGAGAUAGAGAAGAGUUCACACACAAGUUGUGGAGAGACGACGAUGAAAGGAAGUGAGUGCUCUGCGACAUCAGCAAUUGUACAUGGCCACUGGUACGCAAGUCGCAAUCUUUCUUUCCUUACCGCUAAGAAAAAAAUCACUCUUUUUUGGGUUUUUGGUCUUAAUAGAUUGGAAAGGUUUCUAUGUAGAUACGAGCUGAGGAAAAAAAAAAAAAAUUAGAACUUUGGGAGGAGAAAAUGAGUAGCAUUUGUUUUUUGACGAUUUUUGUUUUUGUUCUUGGGCACUGAAUCUGAAUCUGAAUCGAAUGAAAUGAGUAACUCCUUUCUUUUUAA